AUGGCCCAGGACUUCGACCUUCUGAGGUCGCAGCUCCUGGAUGUGAUCAAGGCGAACCGCGCCAAAUGUGUGCCGAGCGAUGAACACCCGUCUGCCGUGACAGGUGAAGCCGCUCAAGAGCACUGCCUGGAGGAGGGGCCCGCCGCUUUGCCUCCCAUGGCCAUCUCCCUCCUGGAGCGCGUCCAGGAGUACCAGGCGAACCCGGACGAGGAGCGGUUUUCCAAGAUGGUGACGUUGGCUGAGCAGAUGGAUGCAAAGUCUUUGUUGGUGUCGGCCAGAGUUCUCAUGGAGAUCCUGGUCCAAGCCAACCUGGCCGAGUCUCAUCAGCGGCUGAGGUCCUUCAAAAGAGCUUUGAAGAGCUUUGUGACCAUGGACUUCACGGACCGCUUUUCGCUUCGGGUGCAUGUAUGCCAGCAAAAGGACGUUAGCCAUCAAAAGUCGCGAGUGUGCUGGUUUGAUAGUGGUCCCAAGCCACUAAAGUGCCAGGAUCCAGGCGACACGGCCAUCAAGACUUUCCGUGGGUGCUUCAACAAGAUGACUGCAGCUCGCUUGUUCAAAGGGUGGCCCGAGAGGAGGAUGCUGAGUUGGCAGAUGAUAGCUGCGGAAGCCAAGGAAAAGGGCAUCACUUACACACAGAUCCGGGCUUUGGUCAACCACAAGAUCGAGCUCGUCCUCACUGCGCAUCCCACCCAGGCCCAGCGCCGCAGCAACCUUAAGAAGCAUGAGAGCAUUUCGGAGCUGCUGAAGGUUAACGAUACCAGAGAUUCCCUGACCCCGGGCGAGCAAGAGGAGCUGCGCGCCAAGAUCCAGGCUCUUCAAUGGAGCUGCUGGCGCACCAAUGCCGUCCGGCGCAACCGGCCCACUGCAGAAGGUGAGGCACGCAAUGGGAUGCUGGUCCUUGAGGAUGCAGUGUGGAAGGCAGUCCCGGAGCAUUGCCGUCGAAUUGAUCGCUGCCUGAAACACCGUGGAAUGCCUCCUCUCCCCUACGAUGCAUCGGUCAUCAAGAUGAGCACUUGGAUGGGUGGUGACCGGGAUGGCAAUCCAAAUGUCACAGCUGCCACAACACGUGAAGUCAGUGCCCUCCUACGAUGGCGAGUGGCCGAACUUUACUAUGCGGAGGUAGAUGCCUUGCUUUUCGACCUGUCCAUGACCGGCGAUACCAGUGAGGAACUCCAGCAAGAGCUGCAGAAUUUGGCUGGCAUGUGGCCCACUCCCAGCUUCAAUGGUGACAAGGUUUGCCGCCCAGACACCCGGUGUGGCGUUCACCUGAACUUCCACAAUGGUGUGGCUGCCGAUGAGCCGUACCGCCGGCUCCUGAUGAGUGUGCGCCGUCGCCUUUUCCGCACGAAGAAAUGUAUGGAGAGCCUGUAUCUUGGAAAGCCUGUGGACAAGGACUUUGAGCCGGAGGUCUACAAGAGCAUGGAGGAGCUCGCACGGCCACUGGAGAUCGUCUACCGGUCUCUCGUGUCCACAGGCGACGAGGUGCUGGCCAACGGCCGACUGCUGGAUCUAAUUCGCCGUGUCCGCACCUUCGGGAUCAGCCUCGCAUGUCUGGACAUUCGCCAAGAGUCUGACAGGCACGAGGAAGUCAUGGACGCGAUCACGCAAUACUUGGGACUGGGAUCCUACUCCGCGUGGGCGGAGCAGCAGAAGUGCGAUUGGCUCCUCCAGGAGAUUGAGUCCAAACGACCCCUCCUGUCGCCGGGCAUGCCCAUGUCUGACAUAGUCCGGGAGGUCAUCAACACGUUCUGUACCAUAGCCGAGCUUCCUCCAGAGGCCGUGGGUGCCUACUGCAUUUCGAUGUCUCGUGCCACCUCAGAUAUCUUGGCGGUCUGCCUGCUGCAAAAGGUUGGAGGCGUCCAGCAGUUCAUGCGGAUCAGCCCUUUGUUCGAGACUCGGGAGGACUUGCAAGCUGCGCCUCGAGUCGUGGACUCGCUGCUGAGCAUUCCCUGGUACAAGAACCACGUCAAAGGAAAGCAGGAGGUCAUGCUGGGCUACUCUGAUUCUGUCAAGGACGCUGGGAAGUUUGCGUCCACAUGGGCUUUGCAUGUGGCUAUGGAGAAGCUUGUGGAAGUGGGGACCAAGCACGGCGUGGAGAUCACCUUCUUCCAUGGCCGGGGUGGCACGAUCAGCCGGGGGGGCGGGCCUCCACACCUCACGUUGCUGAACCAGCCCGCCGGGUCCAUCACCCGGCAUUUGCGGCUGACUGUGCAGGGGGAGAUGAUUCAACAGCAUUUCAUGAAUCCGGAGGUAGCGGAGCACACCCUGGAGAGAUAUGCGGUGGCAGUCCUGGAGCAUAUGCUGACUCCUCCACCGUUGCCCUGCCCGGAUUACCGGGCUGCCAUGGAGGAGCUGGCAGACCUCUCGGCCCAGGACUAUCAGACCACUGUUUUUCGGUCACCAGAUGACCAAUUCGUGAAGUACUUCCAUACUGCGACCCCUUCCGCUGAGCUGGCUCAGAUGAACAUCGGUUCGCGUCCAGCCAAGCGCCGCAAUUACGGGGGCAUUGAUACCCUGCGGGCCAUCCCAUGGAUUUUCGCAUGGACACAGACGCGGCUGCUUCUGCCGGUUUGGUUGGGCAACGGCCACGCCUUGGACAAGUUCAUAGCUGACGGCAAGCUAGAGUUGCUUCAGAGGAUGUAUGCAAGCUGGCCUUUCUUCAAAUCAAUGCUAGACCUCAUUGACAUUGAGCUCGGGAAAGCUGAUGAGCACAUAGCAGCUCACUACGACUCCAAAAUCUGCGAUGACGCGCUGAAGCCACUGGGUAAGGAUCUCCGCAAACGACUGCAACAGGCGACCAGCUCUGUCCUGCAGGUCAAGAAGGAACAAGAGAUCCUGUCCGCAGAGCCAAGCACGAAGUUGGCCAUCGGGAUGCGGAGGCCAUACUUGGAUGCCACCCACGUGAUUCAGGCAGAGGUGCUACAGCGUCUGCGAAAGGCAGGAGAGCACAUCAGCGAGGAGCUGGCCGAUGCGAUGAUUGUGAGCAUCCAGGGUUUGUGCUUUGGGCUGGAGGUCACUGCACGAUCCUGCACUGCCCAGCUUGCCAUGGGAUCCUCGGUGCUUGCGGUGGCGAUGGAUGCCCCGCUCGCCGUAGAACCAUCAACGCUGGUGAUUGAGAUGGGCCGCGGUGUCCUCGGUGACUUCAAGGCGGAUGCUGAUGAGACAAGCACUGUGGACUCCAGUGGCAGUGAUGUCGAAGACAAGGAGGAGAUCAACGUUCAGUCUUGGAGCAUGGUGGGCCGCAAGAUCUUCGACCGCCUCGCUGAAUACGACAGUGAUGAUGACUUUGAUGUCAUGCAGAACCCGCCCAUCAACACGCACGCUUGGAGUUCAGUGGGCGCCAAGAUCUUCAAGACCCUUGCAGAUUUCGACGAAGAUGAGGACUGA